UAUUUUGAGCUCUCUCUCUCUACCGUACGAACUACGAACCAAAAACCCCAACUUUCGAAAGCUCCGAUCUUUUUUUUCCCUUUUCGGAGAAUUCUUUCCCAGUUUCCCACCGGACAAAUUCCAGAUUUUGAAUCUUUGUUUCCGUCAUUGUUAAUCUCAUCGGCAAACCCGAUUUCCUCCCUUUUGACCUUUUUUUCCGGGAGGUGUUAAUGGUGUUUGUUUGAGAUUUGAUGAUGGGCACAAGGGUUCGUGUUUGAUCUCCAUAACCUGUUCGAUGUAUUUCCUCAAAGACCGGACUCAAGGAUACUUGUAAUCUGGGGUGGAGAAUGAAAUCAAGGCGUUUUCUACAUUUUCAUCCUGAAAUUGAGGUUAGCGUGCGGAUUAAGAAAAUGGUAUGGGCCCUCCGGGUUUAGAUGCAUAACAGUGGAACGUGUUUCUGAGGAAUAUCGAAGCAAGCCAUUGUAUAUUAGCCUCUAUGGCCUUUGAGAAUGAAGGGUUUUGCUCCGGUGGGGAAGAAUAGGACUUAGUUUUUUUUUUCCGUUUUUGGGCCCCAAGACCAUGACAAUGGAGGUCCCUGGCAGCUCGGACCAGCAGGUAGGUAGGGAUAGUUUCAGCAGGGACAUUCAUGUUAACAGCAGAAACGUAGGUAAUAUCUGCAUCCAGACAGGGGAGGAGUUUUCAGACGACUUCCUGAGGGAUCGUGCUCGAAGAGCACAUGUUGCCAACAACAAUGUUGAGAACGACCAUAAUCGUCAACUCGUUUACGAGGAUCUCAAUAGAAUUCUCGGGCUUCAGAGAGUUGAUUCUGAUGUUUCAGACGUUCUUCAUCUGAGAGGAUAUACAGCUGAAGCAGAUUCUCAGCUUAACCGAGACAGUAGUGUAGCAAGAUACAUGGAAAAUGGUGUCAGUGAUGUGCAACGGACGGGCAAGUUUACUGUCCGAAAUUACUAUAAUGGUGCUGCUCAUAGACCCAAUGCCGUGCCCUUUGAUGUUGCAGACUCACCUCAGAUGUAUCAGAAAGCAUCAUCAGAUGUUUCUUUGCCAGGAAAACUGAAGUUUCUCUGCAGUUUUGGGGGAAGGAUCUUAACACGGCCGGGUGAUGUGAAGUUUAGAUACAUUGGAGGAGAGACUCGGAUUAUCUCGAUAAGGAAAAAUGUUAGUCUCAACGAAUUGAUGCAAAAGACUUAUGCUGUGUGCAAUUAUCCCCACACAAUCAAGUACCAAUUACCUGGAGAAGAUCUCGAUUCAUUAAUUUCUGUUUGCUCGGAUGAGGAUCUUCUUCACAUGAUUGAAGAGUAUCAAGAGGCUGACAAAAGAGCUGGUUCCCAGAAGAUAAGGAUAUUUCUCGUGUCUUCAGCUGAACCCGAUAGUCCAAACUCUUUCAAUGGAAGGAGCACAAACACAAACACAAACUUGCAACAAAUAGGUUUUGAUAAUUAUCAAUGUGUUUCUGCUCUUAAUGGAGUUGUGGAUGUGAGCUCUCGAGAGAGUUCCAGAGGCCAAAGCAUGUCAAGUCAGACUACACAAUUUGGGAAUGCUUCUGACUAUAGCCCUACAUUUCAUCGAGACUCGCCUACUUCUGAUCAUACAUUGGAAACCAGAGACUGCAGUCCAACCACGUCAAGUUUCUUGACGGCUUUUGCGAACCCUGGUGCUGUUCACUUUAUGUCUGCAAUGAAGGUACCGAGGAAUUCUUCGGGUCAGCAAUCUCCUCCGUCAUCUCCAUUUCCGGUUCAUCAGAGAGCUAAUACCGACAUCCCAUACUUUGUUGAUACAAACGGGUUCUUUGAUAAUAACCUAUCUUACAUGGUUGCUCCGAACUUUCUGCCACAACAUCAGUUCUUGUUGGGGACUAAACAGAUGCAGAAGCACUCAGAAAUAAAUUUUCAUUAUCGGAGCCCGAGUGGUGACCCUCAUCCCCAAGCUGGUGAAGCUUAUAUGGGGUCUGAGAAACUGAUGCUAAAGAAAAAUGCUCUUUCUGAUCCACAAUUGCAUGAUGAGAGCCUUAGGUUAGAACCGAUUACCCGAAAACGUUGGAAAAUUGUGAGAGAGCAAUUACCUUCCUUGGCCAUGUCAAAUUCUGCAGUGAAAUGGCAAGAGGGUGGUCCGUCUUUCAAGAAUUCAGACCACAGAAGCAAGGACAAGGUUGGGAUUUCCACAAAAGCCCCGAAAUGGAUUGAUCAUGAUGAUCCUGGUUCUUUUGAUCAGGUGUUAAAGCAGCAUGAAAGUAGUAGUAAUUGUAACCCCAAGAGUUCAAACUUCCGACCAGUUGCCCGUGUUACUUCAUGCAAUUCACAAGACUCAGGAAGCUCGGUGUUCACUUUAUCAGUGAAUGCAAAUGAAAUUUCCGUCGAUGCUUUGAGGGAGAAACUGAUUGAUGUUCAGCUAGAUACUGCAUCGGAUAUUUACAUCAGAAGCCAAAAUUCGGCUGGAGAUCUACUAUGUGAUACGAUUAAACCAAGUGGUCAAGCUGAUUACCUUGCAUCUACCAAGAAUUUGCCAGAUGAGUCCGAAAGACAGCAACCUACGGUUCCAAGAUGUGAUUUGGAGAUAAGCGAUGAUUUGAGUACUCGGGCUUCUCUUCCGAGGGAAAAAGUUUUUCACUAUUGUGAAAUGCCGCUUGGAAAGGUGGGAUCUAGAGAUGCCGUGUUCUUGCACACGCAGAAUUCAGAUGAUUUUCGUACAAGCAAGUUGCUUGGUCCACCACUCAACAAAAAAGAAUCAGAUACCCUGUUAGAAGAAGCUACCAUUCUCCCUCAUGUACAGAGCGAGUCAGGUGAUAAUAAUUUCUAUUCAAGGGAAGAAGAAGAAAACGGUGCUGGUCAUGAAUCUGAAAUGGAGGAAAAGGAUGCUAACGAAUCAAUCGGUGAGGCCACGAUGGUUGAAAUUGAAGCUGGGAUUUAUGGCUUACAGAUUAUAAAGAAUUCUGACCUUGAGGACUUACAUGAGCUCGGAUCAGGGACAUUUGGAACUGUUUACUACGGGAAGUGGAGAGGAACUGAUGUUGCUAUCAAGAGGAUAAAGAACAGUUGUUUCUCCGGUAGAUCAUCUGAGCAAGAACGGCAGACGAAAGAUUUCUGGAGAGAAGCUAGGAUCUUAGCGAAUCUUCACCAUCCAAACGUGGUGGCAUUUUAUGGAGUUGUACCGGAUGGACCCGGUGGAACUAUGGCAACUGUAACAGAGUAUAUGGUGAACGGAUCUCUGAGACAUGCCUUGCAGAGGAAAGACAGUAGAUCGCUGGAUAAGAGGAAAAAGCUCAUGAUAGCUCUGGAUGCUGCAUUUGGCAUGGAGUACCUGCAUAUGAAGAACAUUGUUCAUUUUGAUCUGAAAUGUGAUAAUCUUCUUGUUAACUUGAGGGAUACACAGCGACCAAUUUGCAAGGUUGGUGAUUUCGGGUUAUCAAGAAUCAAACGCAACACUCUCGUUUCUGGUGGAGUAAGAGGAACCCUUCCUUGGAUGGCACCUGAGCUGCUGAACGGAAGCAGCAACCGCGUCUCUGAGAAGGUAGAUGUAUUCUCAUUCGGUAUUGCAAUGUGGGAGAUCUUGACAGGCGAAGAACCUUACGCAAACAUGCACUGCGGCACCAUCAUCGGUGGGAUUCUGAACAAUACACUAAGACCUCCGGUGCCGGAGAAAUGCGAUGAAGAGUGGAGAAAACUGAUGGAGCAAUGCUGGUCGUUCGAUCCAUCGGAGAGGCCGCCGUUUACAGAGAUCGUUGACCGGCUCCGGUCAAUGUCCGUUGCCUUGCAGCCCAAGCGACGAAUACCGGCCGUCCGAUGAACUGAACGAGGGAAACUAAUUUAAAAUGUACGGAGUUUUGUAAUAUAGUAUUCAGAUUGGGGUAAUUUUGUACUUGAAAAGUUGAGGGUUUGUUGUAAAAUACAAAUUUUAAAUGAGAAAUGUGUUUCUCAACCAAAGUAAAAUAUAUAAAUAUCUGUUUCUCUUUUA